AUGUUGUCAGCCAUAUUUUCUUUAUCUUUAUUAACAAUAUCCUCAUAUCCUAUCCGUCAGAAGAAGGGAAAAGAAGUCUACUAUGAAAUAGUCGAUAACUCAAACUUUGUAAAAUUUUCAUCAAUCAAAAACUUAGAAUUUGAAUUAUAUUCAAAAGAUAAUGACAAACUUACCCUCAUCUAUGCAUCAAAAGGGGAUCCAGGAAUCAUUGGCUUCGUCAAUGGAAAUAUGAACAUCAUUAUCAAGGUAAUUUCAAAGGAUAAUUUAGAAACAAUGCUUGAUAUUUACACUCUUGAUACGGAACCACAAAAUUCUAAACUGAAAGCCAAAGGUUUUCUUUUAUUAAAUUCAAGGUCGACAAUAAUUCCACCAGAUAUUACACAAUCGAAAGAAAUUUCAUACGACAAGAUCAAAGAUAAACUUGUAAUUAUAAACUCGCUCAUAAAAUAUACAGGAAAAGGAGUUUAUACAGAAAAAGAUGAUAACGCAACCGAAAUGCCGCCAAUAAAGAUAAUAACUGAUGAUGAAAUGGAAGAAAUCGUCAAACCAAAAGAAAAGAAGAAAAUACACCUGAAAAGUCAACUUGAAAAGGAAAUCGAAGAUGAAGCAGAAGAUUUCCAAUCGCAAAAGGUACAAAAGCAAGACAUUAAGAAAGGAAAGUUACGUGCAAGGCCAGAUAAUGAUGAUGACGACGAUUCCGAAGAAAUUCAAACUUCUCCAAAAAGAAACGGAAAAGAUGAAAAGGACAAGAUGGAUGAUGACUACGAUGAUGACAUGGAAAUGAAGAAUCAACACGGAGACUCUAAAGAUGAAGAAAAUGAUGAUAAUUUUAAUAAAAAAGCAACAAAAGAUAACAGGAAUCAAGAUUCAGAUUUAGAUAAUGAUACUGAUGCAAAGGCACACAACAAUAAUGGAAAUCAAGAACCUGGAAAAGAUAAUAAAGAUAAUUUUGAAAAAGAUACUGACAGAUUCGAAGAAGAUGAUGAACUACUUAAUGCAAAGAAGCUUAAGAAGUCAGGUUCGUCUAAUUUCAGUUUAAUUUUGGUAAUAAUUGUUGCAACAGCGGUUAUCAGUUUCUUUAUUUACAAACAGUACUUUUCUGAUGAAAGUAAACGAUCACCAGGAAAUUUCAGAGGUUCAGAAGAUGAUCUUGGCGAUGUCAAAUUUUCUCCAUUAUAA